CAGACGUUGUUUUGCGCACAUUUCAAAUGCCGUGGACACGACAAACGGAUUGCUAGCGAGUUAGCCGCACUCUGACGAAUUAUCUUCUGACAUUUAAUCUGACUGUGGUGGAACCAUGAGAGUGAGUGAAGUCCACGCAGCAGAGUCUGUUGCCUACUUCAACAGGGCAAUGGCCAGGUUGCAGAGCAUUUGGGAAGAAAUCGGGAUUCCAGAGGAGCAGAGACUAGAGAACCAAAGAAGAACUAAAGCUGUUCACAAGCACAUUAAAGGUUUGCUAGAUCUAAUGAUUGAUGAGGAAGAGGCGCUCAAGGAGAAAUUGGAGAAAAACAUAGAGAUCAAUCACAAGGAACUUAGUAAAUUAUGCAGUGAGCUUCAGUUGCCCCCCUUUGAGCAGGAGGUUGGCCACACUAUGCUGCAGAAGGAGAAGAACAGCCGCACACAUCUAGAGGUGAUGAAGGAGCACAGGAGGCAAAGAAUGGAGGAACUUAAAGACCUUGCUGUCAAAGACCGUAAACUGUGUGAUAUUAUGUGCACUACUCCAUUUUCUAUUGACCAUGAUGCCGUCCCAUCACUGAAACAGCUGGAGAAAUACCAUGCCUACAUUGAUGAUCUGACCAAAGAAAAGGAUCGUUGUCAUGAUGAAUUUAUGAGCAUAAAGAAAGACAUUGUUGUGUGCAUGGAUGACCUGGAGCAACAGCCAGAGACCAGUUUUGAGAUGGAUGUGAUGUAUGGAGAUGAGGAGGCAUUUUGCUUGUCAAAUGACAAUAUGUCUGCUCUUAAACUGCUCCUCAGUCAGUUACAAGAACGCAAGACUGAGAAAGAAGUACGUUGUUCAGCUUUCCGCACUAAGAUCCAGGAACUUUGGGAUAGACUUCAGAUUCCCCAAGAGGAGCGGGAGGCCCUAUCUGAGCAUAUGGUCAAGUCAAAGAAGAAAAACAUCGAGGCACUCCAGGCAGAGGUCCAGCGUCUAGAGGUGCUGAAAAUGCAGAGCAUGAAGAGUAUCAUUGAGGCCAUAAGAGCCGAGAUAGCCGUUCUAUGGGAGAAAUGCUUUUGCAGCCAAGAACAGCGGCAGGCUUUUGUUCCAUAUCAUGAUGAUGAUUUCACUGAAGAGCUGCUCAGCCUGCACGAGGCUGAGGUCAGGACCCUGAAGAACUGUUAUGAGGACCAUAAAGAACUCUUUGAGGGAGUCACAAAAUGGCAGGAGACCUGGUCGUUGUACUUGGAACUUGACAAAAAAGCUAAUGACCCUUCAAGGUUCAACAACAGAGGUGGUAACCUUCUGAAAGAAGAGAAGCAGAGAACUGAUCUACAGAAAAGUUUGCCUAAGCUGGAGAAAAUUCUGAAGGCCCAGAUUGAUGUUUGGGAACAGGAACAUGGCAAGAAGUUUUUGGUACAUGGGCAGAACUUCCUUGAAUAUGUGCAGCAGCAGUGGGAUCACCACCACACUGAAAAAGAGAGAGAGAAACUGGAAAGGCAACUGAAGAAAAGCAAACAGAUCCAGGAGGACAUGUUGUAUGGGACCGCAGUGAAGACCCCAUCCAAACGGCGGAUAGCAGGGACUCCUACACCUGGAAAAGCAAGAAAGCUCACUGGCACGUCAACCAUUUCUACUCACAACACCAUCCUUAGCGCAGCCCUCAGUGGAACCAUGUGCCAGUCCUCCUUCCAGAAAGCGCCUUUAUCUGCCAGCAAGGGUCUUGGCCUGCGAACCCCUGGAUAUUGCAAGACUCCUCGUGCACUAGAACGUAACAAGGAAAAUGUCACCCAUCCUAGUAGAAAUGCUCCAAGUGCCAAGUCUCCUGAGACUGAGCUCACCUUCAACUUUAACACUAUUGCUGGCUCCUAUUCGGAAUUUACGCAUGACCUCACGAAGGCUUCUAAAUCAAAUGUGAAGACAGGGCUGCUGAACUCCACUGUCAGUCAACAGUGAUGGUUCACAAGAAGCGAGUCGCCGUCACACAGUGAGCCUGGUCUGGGUUUUAUAGUGAACUAUAAACUUUAAAUGUAACUAUAUUAAGACUCAACCCUGUUUUUAGACUGUUUCAGGGUUACUGCUAGUUCUCUGCUUUGUGUACUUUUAUGGCAUUGCUUUAAUUAAGAUGUAAUACUUUUAUUACUGUAGCAGUCAGCCAGUGCACCGUGAUUUUCUUACACCAGCGGACUGAUGGCUGAAUUUGCUUUUUAAAGAUUUUGCAUUUUUUUUAUCACGCUGUAAAUAA